AUGUCGUGGAAAACACCAGGUGUGGUAUUGCUCACUCGCUGGUUUUUCUCCUUCGUUAUUCCCAUCGUUGGUCUCUUCAUUGCUGUCUCACGCAUCUUUUCAUUGUAUCAUCUCUCUCUCUCAUCAUGGGCGAUCUCUGCUUUCUUGUUUGGUGGCACUCCCAUCGUAUUCACGGUUUACUUGGCUUGGACUCAGCGCUCUCAUCGGAGAAGAGCUAUGAUAAUGGGCGCGCGAGCAGUUCCGCGAGUUCAAGGGAAAUGGAUUGGAAAUAUGGAUGUGUUGAUAGAGCUCGUCACAAAAGGUGACGAUGAUUAUAUUGGUCAGGUCAUGCAUGAACAUAUGGUUGCAUACGGACCAACCAUCAACCUGAACAUAUUAUGGGAGGACGUCAUCAUGACGGCGGAACCAAAUCAUAUCAAGACGAUCCUCGCUACUGAUUUCAAUAACUACGAGAAAGGUGAAAAGUUCCGUGAUACUGCUCGAUCCGUCUUAGGCACUGGUGUAUUCAACUCUGAUGGAGAAACGUGGAAGUUCCACCGCACCAUGACUCGUCCGUUCUUCAAUCGCGACAGGAUUAGCCAUUUUGAUAUAUUUGACCGACAUGCGAACAAAACGGUUUCCCUGAUGAAAGACCGAUUUAAUUCCGGCCAUGCCAUUGAUUUCCAGGAUGUAAUUUCGCGGUUUACUCUGGACUCGGCUACUGAAUUCCUGUUCGGACAUUCCGUCGACACACUUUUCUCUGGACUACCGUAUCCUUAUGACGUGAACAAAACAAAACUUCAGGAUAACAGUUCCUCGGAGAGGUUCGCGCGCGCAUUUAAAGACGCUCAACGCAAUGUCGCCAGGCGCAAUACGGUAGGCCAGACAUGGCCUUUACUGGAAUUAUUUGCAGACAGAACGGCGGAGCCUAUGCAGGUCGUUAAUGCAUUUUUGGAGCCCAUCUUGAAGGAGGCCAUUCAGAAACACCAGUCGUCUUUUGAUGCCGACAAAGAUGCGUUUCUGGACGAAGAAACACUUCUGGAACACCUUGUACGCCAGACCACAGAUAUCACUUUACUCAAAGAUGAAGUACUCAAUAUCCUCCUUGCUGGUCGAGACACGACUGCCUCGACCUUGACUUCUGCCAUCUAUCUCCUCGCUUUGCACCCUCCUGCUCUUGCCCGUCUUCGGGAGGAGAUAUUGGCGAAGAUUGGACCCAGCCGAAGGCCCACCUACGAUGAUAUUAGGGAUAUGAAGUAUCUUCGUGCAGUCCUGAAUGAAACGUUGAGGCUUUUUCCGGCAGUUCCCUUCAAUUUGCGCGAAAGUAUCAAUGAUACUACAUGGUCUUCACUGAACCCUCAUGAAAAACCAUUAUUUAUUCCUGCUAGAACUACUGUUGCUUAUUCAGUCCUCCUCAUGCAUCGCAGGCCUGAUUUGUGGGGUCCAGAUGCUAACGAAUUUGACCCCGAUCGAUUCCUCGACGACAGGCUGAAGAAGUAUUUGACACCCAACCCGUUUAUUUUCUUGCCAUUCAACGCAGGACCUCGAAUUUGUCUUGGUCAACAGUUCGCGUACAACGAGAUGUCUUUCAUGCUCAUUCGCCUGUUGCAAAAUUUCUCGUCUAUUACGCUUGAUCUUGAGGCUCGAUCCCCUGAAUCUCGCCCUCCCGCCGAAUGGGCUACAGCUGGUGGUCGAAAGGGCAUAGAAAAGUUCAGGCCGAAGGCCUAUUUAACUAUUUAUUCUAUGGGAGGAAUGUGGGUCAAGAUGGAGGAAGCGCAAAGUGCCAAAAGUUGCUAGGGAUGUUGUUCUGUUGGGAAAUUUGGACUCUUCUCUCAUAGUGCAUCUUUGUGAAAAUUCACGGGUUGAAUUGUGUGUCGUUGGACGAGACUGAUGUUGUGUUAUCACGUUAUCAGCUUUGUCUAUGGAAAGGUGGACCUUAGCAUUAUCGGUUCACUCCCACUUCACCUCCGAGAUGUUUUUAGAGUCAUAUCACUCCUGGAGCGAAUGGAUGAACACAGUUCAGAGUUAUAUGAUGGUUUCAAAGCUAUGUUCGCUCAUCUCCGGACUUCAUUAUGAUCUACACAACGCGCCGAUUCUUGUGGAUUCGAGAUUUUAUUUUACGUUCAGUAUCGAGAUUUCGACUCGAUCCGGGCAUUGUCAUGUAUAUUCGACUUCGGAUCGCAAACUGUCCAAUAGGAACCGAGUAGGAGUCCCUUCAUCUCCCUUGUUCCUACUCGUUUCGUUACUAUUGGCAUAACCAUGAUAGCGUUCGAGUCAAUUAAACUCCUUGAUUUUCUUGCUCGUUU